AUGCCCCAAAUAGGAUGCUUUGAUGUCCACAGAAUGUUGGUGGACAACGGAAGCGCUGUGAACGUCCUAUUCCAACCAGCUUUCGAAAGAAUGAAGUUGGACGAGGCCGACUUGAAGCUCGCCUCGAUCCCCCUAUAUGGUUUUACCAGGGAUCAUCUGAUCCCCAAAGAGACGAUCUCGAUUCCAGUCACGCUGGGUGACUCUGACAAGGUGACCAAAAUAACUGAAUUCUUAAUAAUAGAUUGCCCAUCCGCUUUCAAUGGCAUUCUAGGGCGACCUCUACUGAGGAACUUCAAAACAGUCACUUCGAUCUACCAUCUCAAGAUGAAGUUCCCCACCUCGACGGGGAUAAGGGAAGUAAGCGGAUCUCAGCGCGCACCUCGCGACUGCUAUGUGAAGGCAGUGCAGAUGACGUGCAAGGGGAAAGGCAUCUCGCGUGGCAUUCCUAAACAAGCAAUGGCGAUCAGUUGGAUCGAACCACAGCCUGACCCAGCCGAGGAUAAUAUGGAUCCCCAUAUCCAAGAAUGCCCUGCCAGUGGGCCAGUUGAGGAUCUAACGGAAGUGUCAGUCGAUCAGGGCGAGCCGAGCAGAGUGUUGAGGAUUGGAAGCAAUCUCAACCCCUAG